AUCACUGAGCUGCUGAGCGGAGAGGUUCCUAUAAGGUGUCAGGAUGUUGCUGUCUAUUUCUCCAUGGAUGAGUGGGAGUAUUUAGAAGAACACAAGGAUCUGUACAAGGACGUCAUGAUGGAGAAUCACCAGUCCCUCACAUCACUGGAUGGAUCCAGUCAGAGAAAUCCACCAGAGAGAUGUCCCAGUCCUCUAUAUUCCAAGGACUGUCCACAGGAAAAGCAGAAUGUCCCACUGGAUCAUCAAGAAAGUUCUGGUGGAACGACGAGUGAGCUCAAAAAACCCGGAUCAGUGUCCGUGAAUGGUGAAAAUGGGAUGAGAGUACACAAUAAGAAUCUUCAUUUAUCUUCCUAUGAUAAAGCAGAAGAUAACAAUACCACACAAGCUAAUUCAAUAACUCCUAACGUAACCUCAGUCCUUUACAGUGGAGAUCUAUCCACCGAUACUGAUGGUCACAAGAAACCUUCAUCUAAUCAAUUACUGACUGGCAAAACAAGAACUAAACAGAAGAGUGGAAAAAUAUUUUCACGUGGGAAACCUUUUAAGAAGAAAUCUAAUCUUUCUUUAUAUGAGAGAAAUUGCAGAGAUAAAAAGUCAUUUUCAUGCUCUGAAUGUGGAAAAUCUUUUACCAGGAAAGUUAUUCUAGUUGGACAUCAGAGAAAUCACACAGGGGAGAAGAGGUAUUCAUGUUCAGAAUGUGGGAAAUGUUUUAUGUGGAAAUGCUCUCGAAAGAAACAUCAGAGAACUCACACAAGAGCGAAGCCAUUUUCAUGUUCAGAAUGUCAGAAAUGUUUUAGUCAUAAAUCUGGUCUUGUGACACAUUUAAGAAUUCAUACAGGGGAGAAGCCAUUUUCAUGUUCAGAAUGUGGAAAAUGUUUUACCCGUCAAUCAAGUUUUAUUCGGCAUCAGAGUACUCACACUGGUGAGAAGCCAUUCUCAUGUAUUGAAUGUGAAAAGUGUUUUAGACAUAAAUCAGAUCUUGUUAAACAUCAGAGAAUUCAUACAGGAGAGAAGCCGUUUCUGUGUCCUGAAUGUGGAAAGUGUUUUAGACAUAAAUCAGAUCUUGUUAAACAUCAAAGAAUUCACACAGGAGAGAAGCCAUUUUCAUGCUCAGAAUGUGGGAAAUGUUUUUGUGAGAAAUCUGGUCUUUUGAAACAUCUAAGAAUCCACUUAGGACAGAAGACAUUUUCAUGUUCAGAAUGUGGGAAAUGUUUUAGUCUGAAAUCACAGCUUGUUGGACAUCAGAGAAGUCACACAGGGGAGAAGCCAUAUUCAUGUUCAGAAUGUGGGAAAUGUUUUAUGUGGAAAUGCUCUCAAAAGAAACAUGAGAGAACACACACAAGAGCGAAGCCAUUUUCAUGUUCAGAAUGUCAGAAAUGUUUUAGUCAGAAAUCUAAUCUUGUGAAACAUUUAAGAAUUCAUACAGGGGAGAAGCCAUUUUCAUGUUCAGAAUGUCUAAAAUGUUUUAGUCAUAAAUCUGGUCUUGUGACACAUUUAAGACUUCAUACAGGGGAGAAGCCAUUUUCAUGUCCUGAAUGUGGUAAAUGUUUUAGUCUGAAAUCACACCUUGUUGGACAUCAGAGAAGUCACACAGGGGAGAAGCCAUAUUCAUGUUCAGAAUGUGGGAAAUGUUUUAUGUGGAAAUGCUCUCAAAAGAAACAUGAGAGAACACACACAGGGGAGAAGCCAUUUUCAUGUUCAGAAUGUGGAAAAAGUUUUACCCGUCAAUCAAGUUUUAUUCGGCAUCGGAAAACUCACACAGGGGAGAAGCCAUUUUCAUGUCCUGAAUGUGGGAAAUGUUUUAAUGAGAAAUCAAAUCUUGUGAAACAUCUAAAAAUCCACUUAGGGGAGAAGCCAUUUUCAUGUUCAGAAUGUCAGAAAUGUUUUAGUCAAAAAUCUGUUCUUGUGAGACAUCAGAAAACUCACAUAGGGGAGAAGCCAUUUUCAUGUUCAGAUUGUGGAAAAUGUUUUACCCGUCAAUCAAGUUUUAUUCUACAUCAGAGAACUCACACUGGUGAGAAGCCAUUCUCAUGUAUUGAAUGUGGAAAGUGUUUUAGUCAUAAAUCUGAUCUUGUUAAACAUCAGAGAAUUCACACAGGAGAGAAGCCUUUUCUGUGUCCUGAUUGUGGAAAGUGUUUUCGCAUGAAAGCAAUGCUUGUAGUACAUCAAAGAAUUCACACAGGAGAGAAGCCAUUUUCAUGCUCAGAAUGUGGGAAAUCUUUUAGUGAGAAAUCUGGUCUUUUGAAACAUCUAAGAAUCCACUUAGGACAGAAGAAAUUUUCAUGUUCAGAAUGUGGGAUAUGUUUUAUCCUUCAAUCAAGUCUUAUUCGACAUCUGAAAUCUCACACAGGGGAGAAGUCUGACCUGUCUUCAAGAUAGGUCAUCAAUAUCAGAUUGGGGGGAGGGGAUUUGACACUCGAGACCCCCACCGAUCAGCUGUUGGACGAGGCCUCCUUGCAGCUUACAAAGCACAAUGCUUUCCAUGGAAUAGCGGAUGUGCUUGGUAUUGCAGCUUAGUCUCAUUCACUUCAAUAUCACCGAGCUGCUUCUAGGCCAUAUUAACGAUGAAUGAGACGGUUGGCGUAGAAAACAGCCAAAGGGCUUACCUGAACUGAUCGUCAGGGUUCCCUGGUGUUGUCAAUUGCUGCUAAAGGUGUUGUCAUCAUGGCCAUAACAGGUGACUGUCACAUCACAACCACUUAUACUGGAAGUGAUUUAUCAAUGGCUACUUGAAUUACAGAUAUGAUCUAUAGAGCUGAAGAUGUGGAGAACCCUACUAUCAGAAUAUUAUUUUUCAAACAAAUUGUUCAAGAGUGUUUAGUCUGAGAAAAAUAAGAAAAUCUCUACUAAAGGGGGUUAAGUACUGCUGUAGUAAAGAUUAUUUUUCAUCUCUGAUCUGUCAUUAAAUAUCUCAAGUUUUCUUAACAUGGAAUUUAAUUUACUGAGUUACAAGCUCCCACACCACAGAAUGGUCAAAUUCUAAGAUCCAUUAUUACUGCUAAUGUGCCUGAUUUUGUGGAUUGUUCACAAUUUUUAUAAGGAUUUACAUUUUUUAAUUCUGUCUCUUAAUAUUACCAAACUCAAUCCCUCAUUUCCAGUUCGCAGAACAGAUUAUAUGAACAAAAGUAUUUUGGUGUCCAUGAUGAAGG